AUGAAAAUCGAUCAUGGAGGCAUCGUCGUUCCAACCGAAAAGCUCGACGGCGUAGUCAACUUCCUCAUUGCUACUCUUGGACAUAUGGGCUUCAAAGAGAUAAUGCGCCCCAUCCCAACCGCUGUUGGAAUGGGUGACACUGGUCCCUAUUUCUGGGUCCAGGGCUGCGCAAUGGACGAUGUCACCGCAAAGGAGAUUUCCAAGAGACAGCACACUGCAUUUACUGCCGAAACGGUCGAACAAGUCCAACAGUUCCACGAAGCGGCGUUGAAAGCCGGUGCUACGGAUAAUGGCGCACCAGGCCCGAGGAAUCAUUACCAUCCUGGCUACUACGGCGCUUUUGUUCGUGAUCCCGUCUGUGGGAUUAACUUCGAGGUUGUGAUUCACGACCACCAAGGUUAG